AUGAAUUUAGGUGAAAUUUCUAAAUGUCUGAGAUUUGUGCUUGUGGAAACCUCGGCUAAGGCUCAGUUCCCAUUUGUUAAGAUCCCAAUAAAGAAAAGAGGCGACCAUGAAAUCGUGCUUUCAGCCAAUAAAACCUUGAAAGACAUAUAGAAAUUGCCCGAGGAUGGCGCUAUUUUGCGCCAUCCUCAGGCAAUUCAAAAAAUGCCCCACACGGGAAUUGAACCCACGUGUGGGGCCAUUUUUGGUACGUGGAAGCCAAUAUUCUCCACAUACCAAAAAUGGCCCCACACGUGGGUUCAAUUCCCGUGUGGGCCUGUUUUUUGAAUUGCCCGAGGAUGGCGCAAAAUAGCGCCAUCCUCGGGCAAUUUCUAUAAAAGACGAACUUAUUAACUCUGCAAAUGCUCAGGAAGUAACGUUUCACGGAAUGGAUGGCUCCAAGCUUUCACUUGGGACCACUGCAAUUCAAGCCAUCAGAGAUCCUCUGUUUCUUAAAAUAGAUGGAAUUCAGAACUACGGAAUUUUUAACAUGGAAACCCAUAAGACCUUUUUAACCCCUUCCCAACGAGGACUUGUUGAUUCUUUUAAACUAAGCAACUCUUUAUCACAGCAUGAAGCUGAAAUACUUGGCUGCUUUAAUGACUAUAUACUAAAAGAAAUUGAACUUUCUAACUUUCAAAUUUUUAUUUUUAUAAAAUUAUAAGAAAUAUUAAUUUUUCUUAUUAUUUUUAUUAAAGAAAUUUAAAUAGAAAUUUUAGCUAAUAAAUAAAGAUAAAGGGUAUAUAUGUCAAAUAUAAUUUAAAAGUGCUAAAAAUAUUAUAAAAGCUCUGUAAUAUUAAUUGAGAUUAUUUUUUUAGAAAUGAAUUGAUUUGAAAAAUUAUACUCCGUAUUAAUUGUUAGGGUAAGGAAAAAAUUAUAAGUUACGACUACUUCCUAUCCUUAAGCAAGCUCUCUAUUUUACAAUUUUUAAAUCAGCAACGCAUUCAAAAAGAAUAUAUUCAAAGCCAAAUUCAUUUCUUGAGAUCAACUUACAGCUAUGAGCUUUCCCAAAAGCAUAUUUUAGAAGAAAAAGCUCACUGAACUUCAAAUAAAUUAGUUAGAAGGUUUUCUUAUAUUCUUCUUUCUCAGUUCACCUUCCUUCGCGAGUGACCAAAAGAAUUUUGCCCACUUACGUAGAAGGUUAAUUUUUUUUAAGAGCCUUAUAGAAUAAAAUUUUUUUUUAAAACAAUUUCAAAAUUGGAAAGAAAAAGCUAAUUUAAUUUUAAAAAUCUAUGUUUUAGAAUUAAAUUCACAGAAUUUGCUUAAGUUUCAUUAUAAUAAUUAUCAUUUUAUAUUAAAUAAUUUUUAUAUAAAACUUAUAAAAAUCAAAUUUUUGAUUUCUCAUAGAGGUGGUUUUUUAUCCAAAAAUCGGAUUUCUCCAAUAGUUUUGUUCGCUCACAGAGGGGGAGUCAGUAUGCAGCAGUCCAAUAUGGAACUUAUUGGCUUUAUUCUUGGGAUAUUAUGGAGCCAAUUACCUGCUUAAUGAGUAUGGGCGACUUAUGCAUUGGAUAUGCAUUUUGAAUGGUUACAAGAGGUCAUAAAUAUGGAUUAGAGGGCAUAAAAAACUUUUUUUAUCAAAGAAAGCUUACUUUUCCCUUAUUAAAAUAAACAUUUCGUAACUUUUAAGUAAUAGACAUUUUUACCUUGAUUUUCCCUAUUAAGUAUUAAUUAAAUUUCUAAAAUAAAUUUCAUUAAAAUAAAAUCUAAAAUGCAGGAAUUCCUGAUACUAUGAGCUGUAUAUAUCUAACGAGGGAAUUCUAAAGUUAUGCUAAAAAUUAAUAUUUAAUUUUUUUAGUAAAUUUUAAAGGUCAUUGAAAAAUGAUAACUAAACCCUUUUAGUAUAAAACGGAGACUUUGCUCUUUAUUAUAAAGGAGGUAGAAAAUUAUACAAGAAGAAAAGGAUCAAUCAGCAAGAACUCGAAAAAAUUUGCAAGUUUAUUGAAGAGCUUGAAAGCAGGCUUGAAAAUAUUUAA